UCUUCAUCAACUCCAUUCAGCAUUUCUUCUUUUUAGCCUAAUUCACCAGCUUGUUCACUAAACUAUAGUUAUUCAUUUAGUAUUUACUCUUCUCAUCGAUCAUUUACAUAGAAUUAUAUAUCAAACCAUGGAUACUAAGUCCUCUUUCAAUAUUAUUUUCCUUGUGAUCUUUUGCUCUUUGGCUACAUUUUCAUCUGCUUCUCUUACUGUUGGAUUCUACAGAUCUUCUUGUCCUUCAGCAGAAGCUAUUGUGAAGAGAGCUGUAAACAAAUUUGUUGGUCGCAACCCAGGGCUCGGUGCUGGUCUUAUUAGAAUGCAUUUUCAUGACUGCUUUGUGAGGGGCUGUGAUGCUUCUGUGCUGCUAGCUUCCACACCAGGUAACCCAUCCGAGAGAGAGCAUAUUGCUAACAAUCCUAGCUUACGUGGGUUCGAAGUCAUUGACGAAGCUAAAGCUCAAAUAGAAGCUCUAUGUCCGAAAACUGUGUCGUGCGCAGACGUUCUUGCAUUCGCAGCUCGCGACAGUUCCUUGAGGCUCGGAGGGAUAAACUACGCUGUUCCGGCUGGACGGAGAGACGGGCGUGUUUCGAAUGUGGACGAAGUUGCACAGAAUCUUCCUCCUCCGUUCUUCAAUGCACAGCAAUUAAUUGACAACUUUGAUCGUAAAGGAAUGUCAGCAGAUGAGAUGGUGACGCUAUCCGGAGCACAUUCUAUCGGAAUCUCUCACUGUUCUUCAUUCUCCGACCGUCUCUACUCUUUCAACGCUACUCAUCCUCAGGAUCCUUCCAUGGAUCCAAGAUAUGCAGCUUUCUUGAAAACUAAGUGUCCACCACCACCAAGCAACAAUGGUGAUCCAACAGUUCCGCUUGAUCCUACUCCUAAUCGCAUGGACAACAGAUACUACUUGGAGCUGACCAAGAAUCGUGGAUUGUUGACUUCCGAUCAGACAUUGAUGAACAGUCCUUCAACGCAAAGUAUAGUGGUGAACAAUGUCAGAAAUGGAAGAACAUGGGCUGAUAAGUUUGCCAAGGCUAUGGUGCAUAUGGGUUCUCUAGAUGUUCUUACUGGAGUUGAAGGUGAAAUCAGGACCCGAUGCAGCGUCGUGAAUUAACGUCAUAUAUUAUUUUCUUUGUUUUUUUAAGUCAUUCUUUCAUUCAUUCUUUCAUUUGAUUAAUUGUGUAUUUGUUCCAAGUGAAUUGUAAAAUUAUGAAAUUAAUUUAUUUAUAAAUUAAUAUAAUUGUUCUUGAUUUACUAAA